CAUUUUUCUCCUUUACAAAAGUACAUAUUAUGACCAGUCAGCCACUGAGGAUAUCAACUAUUGAUGAGUACAAAAAAGCAUUGUCUCAAACAGAUGCCAUUCUUGAAAAGAACAUUUACACUGAGGUCUUAUCAGAGUACUUGAAUCUCGGUGGCGCUCCUAUGGACGCUGUCAACAUGCUCUCCGAAUCUUAUAUUGGCAUUCCUUCCAUGUGCAAUGCUACUGCUGCUUCUGUAGAUUCAAUUGGUCUCAGUAGUGAUACUAUCAUGAGAGACGCUAUUCGACAACAACUUAAAGAUCGAUUCAAUCCCCAACGUUGCGAUGAGCAUUUUAUGCAAAACGAGCAGCUCAUGGCACCUGAAUGGCUUGAUGUCUUACUACAAGAUUCAGGCUGGAGACAGACCAUGUAUGAAUUGUUGGGGCAAUAUCCAGAAUGUGCCUUUCUUAACUUUGCAGUGCUUCGUAUUGCAGAGGCUGGCCAUGAUAAGGAGGUUGCAAAAUUAAGAACAGCAUCCACCUAUGUUCAAGUAUAUAAUUUGAUCCUAAACGAUGCUUUAUCAGAGCUUGUUGGAAAAGACGACUUGGAGUUUGAUGAAGAAUUACCUGACCUUGUUAGAGUAUGUUGUGAAAGAGAAGACACUUAUUUAUAUGCACAAAUUUUGAUACGACGAUUAUGCGAUGAGUUUGGUGCUAUACCUUUCACUCGUCUUCGCAGAGAACUCGAAAUUGCAGCAAAAAAGAAAGGAAACUUAGCACUCGUCGAUAUAUUGCAUACACACGCAUCAAGUGCGCCUCUUGAACUCUCAAAAACAAUCAAAACUAUCAUGACUUCACCCAACAUAACACCUGGUGACCUUGCUACAUUAAGACGCUUUUAUUCUUCUGAAAGUCCACCUGCUGCGCAUCAUUUAUGUGAUUAUGAUUUGAUACUAAAGAUGUUGAGGGCUCUUUAUGUUCCUCAACAUGGCUCAUUGUUAAGAGCUGACUUAGUAGACGAUGUAACUUUCUUGAUUGCCUAUGCUACUACAAUGAAUGAUACAAAGCCUCGUAUGGAACAACAAGACGAUAUCAUGAAAAUACAGCUUGUGUUGAAAGAUUUAUAUACAUCAUUAGCCAAUAAGACAGAAGUAGGCAGCAUUACAGGCGCCAUGAAAUAUAUCAUUAGUGCCAUUCGAUUCCCUGUGGGAUCCAUGGGCAUUUUGAUGUGGAUUGAAUAUAUGGCUAUCCAUACUACAUACUUUGAAACUUACUUCAGAUCUACAGAAACGCCAAUUUUACUACACAUUCUUGAUGAAAUUGCCAGCCGUCAUCAACUUCAACAACCUAUGGUGUUCCAUGUAAUUAAACGCUGUAUCAAGCAUAAGACAGAUACGUUUGCACCAGAGAUUCAGUUAACCUUGCAACGAACUUGGGUGGACCGUAUGCUUUACUUGAUUCAACUGAAUUAUACACUUCCCGUCUUGAGAUACUUUAGUGGAUCUGGACGAGAUUUAGAUGAUAGUUUGAUUGUUCAUUUUGUGACAAAACUUCUGAAAAUGGCACAAGCACCAUUCAGCCUAUUGUUUAUUGAACAUAUGGUGGCUAUUGUUGAGUCUCUUGUAGAUAACUUGUCUUUGAUCAAAAAUGUUCAACAACUAGUCAUUCAUUUUCUGGAACAAGCCUUGAAUGGACAACCAUUGAGUGAUGAACUUGAAUCAAGAAUCCAAAAUAUAAUCAAAAAGUGUAAAUAAUAUUUAUAUAUGAAUCAUACUACUUUCCACAGUUUACACCAGCUAUAAAGAGUAUCUCAGAUAGAAUUCAUAAUUUUAAUAGCUUGUAGUUUCAGGAACACAUUUUUGAAAUAAAUGCUAUAUGCAUCUU